UGCCUUUGCGAACAAAACUGCAAAUGAAAAAAAAAAUCAUUUUCACGAAAAUGUCCAUUUAAAUAUGUAUGUGUUUAUCAUACGCACCUGUGAUCUUCAUAAGUUUAAAAUGGCUGACGAUUUUGAACCCCUAGAGCCGAACUUAAAAAACAUUAUUGAACAGACGUCUCUAAAAUGGAUAUUCGUUGGUGGAAAGGGCGGUGUUGGCAAAACAACGUGCAGUUGUAGCCUGGCGGUUCAAAUGGCGAAAGUAAGGCAAUCAGUACUAAUUAUAUCUACAGAUCCGGCUCAUAAUAUAUCCGAUGCUUUUGAUCAAAAAUUUACAAAAGUACCAACAAAAAUCAACGGUUUUCCCAACCUUUACGCCAUGGAAAUUGAUCCAAAUGCUGGUCUAAAUGAAUUACCGGAUGAGUACUUCGAAGGUGACAGCGAAGCCAUGCGUUUAAGCAAAGGCGUCUUACAUGAAGUGGUAGGAGCUUUGCCAGGUAUCGACGAGGCAAUGAGCUAUGCUGAAGUUAUGAAAUUAGUCAAGGCAAUGAAUUUUUCCGUGGUCAUUUUUGACACAGCUCCAACAGGUCAUACUUUGCGAUUGUUAUCAUUUCCGCAGGCGGUAGAAAAGGGUUUGGGAAAACUGUUAAGAUUAAAAAUGAAAAUCGCUCCAUUUUUAACACAAUUUGGUAGUUUACUGGGUAUGCCAGUCAACGCGGAUUCUCUUUCACAAAAGUUGGAUGAAAUGCUUAAAAUAAUACGGCAAGUCAACGAACAAUUCAGGGAUCCCGAUCAAACAACUUUUGUAUGUGUUUGCAUAGCUGAAUUCUUCUCUUUGUACGAAACCGAACGUUUAGUUCAAGAAUUGACCAAAUGUGGAAUUGAUACCCACAAUAUUGUCGUAAAUCAGCUCCUUUUCAAAAAAUUAGAUCAACAACCGUGCGCUAUGUGCGCCUCUAGAUACAAGAUUCAAGAAAAGUACUUGGAUCAAAUUGCUGACCUUUACGAAGACUUUCACGUUACGAAACUUCCGCUGUUGGAGAAAGAAGUGCGCGGAGCAGACAAUAUAAAAAAGUUUUCCGAGAAUCUUAUAACAUCUUAUAGCCCUAAUUAAUAAACGUUUAUAACUCU